GUCAUGACGGCCGCGCCAGGCCAGGCCAGAACCUCCUGUGGGCUUGGGCUGGACCCGGCGCCCCACCGGCCGCGGGUUGAGCAUCAUCUUGGAACGUUGCAAUGGUUGGAAUUGUUCCAGGCAUGGUUGCUGUGGUGCUAUCCUGGGAGACCAUAUUGAUGGAUGACUAGUACCAUUCAGUGAUGGGCUGUGGGACUAGUAAAGUCCUUCCCGAGCCUCCCAAGGAUGUUCAAUUGGAUCUUGUUAAAAAGGUCGAGCCCUACACUGGUUAUAAAACGGACAUAUAUAAACAUUUCAUCAAAGGUGAUGGAGAUGCCAUCAAGUCUGCUAUUCCUUCUCCUCCGUGUCACACCAAUCCGUAUGUGGAACAGCAGGAGCCCCGCAAGAACAGAGUGGCAAAGUACCGUGCCAAAUUUGACCCCCGAGUGACAGCCAAGUACGACAUCAAAGCUCUGAUUGGCCGGGGUAGCUUUAGUCGGGUGGUACGAGUGGAGCACAAAGCUACCAAGCAACCUUACGCAAUCAAGUUGAUAGAGACCAAAUACCGCGAGGGGAGAGAAGUAUGCGAAUCGGAGCUGUGCGUGCUACGCCGAGUGCGGCACACCAACAUCAUCCAGCUCAUCGAAGUUUUCGAGACUCAGGAGCGUGUCUACAUGGUCAUGGAGCUGGCCACCGGAGGCGAACUGUUCGAUCGGAUUAUUGCCAAAGGGUCUUUCACGGAAAGAGAUGCCACCCGAGUGCUACAGAUGGUAUUGGAUGGAGUUAAAUAUUUGCAUACAUUGGGCAUAACUCAUAGAGACUUGAAGCCAGAGAACUUGCUCUACUAUCACCCAGGUAUGGACUCUAAAAUCAUGAUCACCGAUUUUGGACUGGCGAGUGCUCGGAAGAAAGGAGAUGACUGCUUAAUGAAGACGACCUGUGGGACCCCGGAGUACAUUGCCCCAGAGAUCUUGAUCAGGAAGCCUUACACUAACUCUGUGGACAUGUGGGCGCUCGGGGUGAUCUCGUACAUCCUACUAAGUGGGACUAUGCCUUUUGAGGAUGAUAACCGCACCCGCUUGUAUCGGCAAAUUCUGAAAGGAAAAUACAGCUACUCGGGGGAGCCCUGGCCCAGCGUGUCCAAUCUUGGUAAAGAUUUCAUUGACCGCCUGCUCACGGUGGACCCUGGCGACCGGAUGACAGCACUUCAAGCCUUAAAGCAUCCCUGGGUGGUGAGCAUGGCGGCCUCUUCUUCCAUGAAGAACCUGCACCGCUCCAUCUCUCAGAACCUCCUCAAGAGGGCGUCAUCUCGUUGCCAAAGCACCAAAUCAGCUCAGUCUACCCGUUCCAGCCGUUCCACCAAAUCCAACAAGUCCCGCCGAGUGCGGGAGAGGGAACUGCGAGAACUGAAUUUGCGGUACCAGCAACAGUACAACGGCUGACAGCUCCCCGAGAGACGAUCUCGCUUCCUUCUUUUUGUCACUGGGGUAGGGGGCCCACGAAGUGCUCCAGCUGCCUUAUUUCUUCUCUGAAAGUUCAGUCCCUGUGUCUGUCUUUCUGUUUGGAAAGAAAUGGAGAUUUGUGGGGACAUUGACGCCUUGGGGGGAAAAUGCCCUACCUGGGCAGGGUCAGUACAGUAUCUCUGCUGUGGUGGGAAAUGAGGAAAAUCCGUUUUGGGCCUUCCCUGGGUCAAGUCCUGAGCUGAUGGUCUGAAAUACUGGAAACACGUGGAAAAGAAAAUGCUUACUCCAUUUUAAAAUCCUUGCUAUCACUGCUUAUUUAAUGACGAAGGUCAGUUGUUGUUAUUGUUGUUGGCACAGUGUCCAAUGGUUGGGAGAUUUAGAAGGCAGUCCUCUCUGCCAACUUACCUGGAGAUAAGCUUGAUUAAAUUAAGGGGGCGACUUCUGUGUAGAUACAUACAGAAGUACACACUAGGCUCACUUGCUUAAGAUCUGGAAUCACCCGGAGUUCAAAGCAUUUCCGAGAGUGCACAAACGUACAAUCAGUUUUCUUUACCAGCGUGACCUCUUGGACUGUGCUAAACAAUUUUUUUUCUAGAGAUUCUCUUAACAUUUAAUGUCUCUGUGUUGAGGGGGGAUGUUCUCUACAUCUGGGCUAACAUUUAGCUGGAAAUGGCUUGGAAUGAGUUUUGUUCUUCUUUCUUGCCUCUUUCGUGUUUUGUGGCAUUGCUUUGAACUUCAAUUUGUUUUUGUUUUUUUCCACUUAAUGUUGGGAUGAAUUAUUAUAAUCCCAGUUGUCAUUCCAAGCCUGCCAAAUUUGUAGGAUGUGGUUCCGCAUUCCACAUUCCCAGAGAACUGGAAGAACCUUAAGAACUUUGUCUUCCAACAUCAUACCCUACUAUAGAUGUCCUGUUACAAUGACAGAAUGAGCAGUAGAAAUCUCUCAUCAAAUGUUGUGGUUGAAGUUUCACUGUUGUGUCUGCCCAUAGAAUGUGCAGAGAGUACAGUUUAGAAUCGUUAACUUGCGUAGUUUAAUGAGAUCCACAAAUAUUCUACACCGCAAAGACCCCGAAGGAUUAACCCACUUAAAAAAAAAAAAUUGCACGGUUGCAAACGAAGAGUCCGGAACCAAAAGCAAUAAUCCUGCCAUAGCCAUUUUUAAAAUAAAGUCAGGUGAAGCAAUGCGAACGAUUAUAACAAGAAAUUUGCACAUUAUCAACAUGCAUCUGCAAAAUCAUUAACCAACUUGAAGGAGAGUUGAGUUCUUCUAUCCUUGUUUAAGCCUGAUAUAAUUAUACAGCCAAAGGAAGUGUGGGAAUUUUGACGACAGCAUUAAUCCUUUUAAUUUCAAACAGCGUGGAGAAAAUGCAUCUCCCUGCGCAUACAAAGCUAGCACAUCAGGGAGUAGGAGGGAGCCUUCAGAGGCACUAAAUCUUCAUUAGCAAAAAGAUGAUUUGCCAAACGUGGGGAUUGAUUCAAAGUGGUACCCCUCCCCUUCCCCUUGCAUGGUGAAGUGGUCCAAUGAAUUCUGCUACCUCAUUCUGGGCAUAGGAAGACUCUUGUGAGAAGCCAAGGCUGCUCAAAAGACCAUCUGGAGUUUCCGAGUAGUUGAUCCUAGCUUUGAAAAUAACCAUCCAGAGCGAUGCCUUUAAUUCUCGAUGUCAGCCCAAAGCAUAUUUAGUUGACCUAGUCCUCUUGAUCAUUUUCUGUCCUUUUUUUCCAGUUUGGAAUUGUGGCCAAGACAGCUAUAAAAAAGUGCCUUUUUAUCAGAAACCAUCUCCUCAUACCCUCUGGCAGAUCCUUUUUAGAAAUGUAACUGUCUCAAAACUAACACAGAUGUCUUGAACGAUAAUUAGCUGGCAGUUUAAAGUUUAGCAUUUCUUCAGACUUGAUAUUUAAGGGCUUUUAUCAUGUUGGGCAGUUAAAAUGACACUGAAUUUUAUGAGCCUUAUGAGCCUAAAGAUAAGUUUUACUCUAGUGAGUGAUGAUUCUAGAAGAGUCCCUGGAGCUAAAUUUUUUACAUCCCCUUGAGCAUGUGUUACUCUACUUUUGAUUUCUCUCUACUCCUGUACUAAGCAAACCUUGUGUAGAAUUGGUUUCUCAGGCCAGGGUGCCAUCUAGUGGUUCAGGAUAUUCUUGCCUGUCGGGUCAAUUAGUUGCAAACAUCUAAUAACACAUGACUUCGUAUCCUGUCAUUGUUUACUGUACCAUAAUUGGCAUACCUUGAUUCAUAUUUUGAUAGCCGUUGAGCCAUACCAAAUUUCCCAUUGGCAUUUGUGCAUCAAAGGUGCUUCUUCAAGAGGCCACUGGAUAAAGAAAGCCCAGUUGCCUCUUGAAAAAGCACCUUUGGGACAACCAUGACCAGGAUGUCUGAGAAUCUCCAUAGACAUUGGCCUUUGCGGAUUUCUUUGACUCUUCAGAAGAUUCUGAGGUCUGCGGUAGAGAUUUCUUUAACUCUUCUUUGCUCCAUUCCUUCUGGGUAAUAAGAAGAGGACAAUUUGAGAGAGAGAGUCACCGCUUUUCACCCCCUGGUUGUCCAUGGAGAUCAGUACCAUCUAAGCACAGAAGCAAAAAAAAACUUCCAUGAAGGAUGGCUAAGUGUAGUCUGCUGGCCUGCUAUAAUGAUAAGCAAAUCAUUCACAAAGUGGAGUUUUUGUUUUUAAGUCUAUGCCAUAAUUUCUAAGACAAGGAAAAAAAAAUAUGUUUAUCCUGGUUGCAGCAUAACUGUUCAUCCAUGCUUCUUCCUCCUCUCCUGCUCCAAUUCAAUUUGGGGCUUAGCUGCUGUUGAUUUAUGAUAUGUACGCAAUAACGACCAUUGAAUAUUCUCCUGACCUUGAGAUUAGGUUGUGCCCAGUACCCAUGCCUCCUUUUCUCACUCUUGGAAAUACCUAAACUAUUGUAAAUAUACUGGAACUUAGCAAUACUGUGUUGAAAAGUACAAUUAGUUUGAAAUCCAUCUGUGCCUUGGAGAGGAAGAAUGGAAAGUUGGGGUUACAUUCUAACAAUGGGACUCUGAAGACGUCAUGUAUAUCGGCUGCUGUGGUGGAAUACUUGGCCCCCAGAAUCUUUGCUGCGGCCCCCAUACCACCGGGCCAGGCUGGUUCAGUAGGCUUUGUUGCUGGGUCAUCUCCAAUCCCGUGGUGACCAUCACCCCAGCUGGUCUGGCCCAAUGCAUAAGGCUAUGGGCCGAACUGCUCCGUGCUGAGUGAAAGGAGGUGGACACGCCACUCAGUGGCGCUGUGGCUUCUUGGCCCAGGAAGGUGAACGUAGGCUGGGCCAAGGUCCAUCUGGGCUGCUCGGUGCCAAGGGGUUGAAUGGCGCUGCCGACGCUGAGUUGGCCAAACUGCUCCAGGAGGCCAGCUAGCAUUUGGCUACGUGAAGGUGGCAGGAAUCCCCAUUCCCUGGCGUUCUUGUGGGGCAUCCGAGGAUCGAGGCCUGUCCCGCUUAGCUUCCAUCCAUCUGGGGUUCCAACAGCAUCACCCCAGUCAUCAUCUCCAGGAGUGGUGUAGUUCCCACAGCUUUGCCCUGCAGGGUCAGGUCCAGUUGCACGACCCGCUCAGAUACCAGCACUUUGGGCCGGGCACCCAGCUGAUGCUCCCUUUCUGCCGCUUCUGCUUCCAGCACCCGCUCGGGAAGGGUGGUAGAUGGUCUUCACAUAAACGGUUGAACCAUCUCCUGUGGCUCCCUCCGUGGUGCUCUAGAUUAGAAGUGACUUCUGGCCCACAUUUUGCCGUUAGAAAUAUAUUCUUUUUAUGUCUUGCAUUUGAGCAUCAGUGGGACCUUUUAUGCCAGUCUCUUCCUGGCGCUUUCUAAGGGCUCGUUGGACUAUAGCCAUGCUUACCCAAGGGCUGGCAUCAAGAAGUGUCAUCGUAUUACUGCCGAGUAGGAAGAAGCAUGAGAUCUUUUUCUAGGGCAGUGAUUAAAAGAAGGCCGUCUGGAGCCAAGCAUCUAUGUAUUCCACAGUGUCAGGAUAUUUAGCUUUUAUCAGGCAUUCUUAUUGUCUGCCUUUAAACUGCCAACGCUUUUUUUGAAUCCAGGAACUCUUGCACUUUAUCCUGUCCCGAUAAUUUAAUAUUUCCUAUGAGCCACAUUUUUCAACAGUUCCCAUCAUUUCAUACGAAGCACAAAUCCCAGUGCUUCCCAACAUUUCCCCAAGAGUCACAAAACAGUGCUUGAAUGUUUCUGGCUCUUUAACGACUUUUAUUCUCCAGUGGAAGAGAAUUCAAAUAUGGAGAUGUUACUGUGACCGUAUGGUAAUUCACAAGCCAGUCAGAGCUGCGUUUCAUGUGAAAUUAUUGCCAGCAAGAGACUCCUGUCCCAAUCUUCCUCUGCUUACUAGCCCCAUGGUGCACCAACAUGGAUUUCCCCGUGACUGGUGGAGAUGACAGGAGGUCAUCUUAAGCAGUCCUUCUGUGUCUGCCAUAAUGCCUAGGUUGGCCUUUAAACAUUUAUCUCAUAAAUGACCAGGAUUGUUGUCUGUGGAAGUUUCAGCUUUGAUGAGUAAAUAGGAGGUGAAAAUGGAAUUAAAGUAGUUUUGUAUUCUUCCGUGGUUUUGUAAACAGAAUUCAGCAGCUGGAGAACGUCAAGAAAACGCAUUUGGGGAAUAGGAUCAGUUGCAUAAAUCCACACCAGUCAUUUUGCCAAUACUUUCAAACAGUUGCCUUUAUCUCAAGAUGGAUUUAAGUGCCAUAUAAAGGCCUUUAUUUAAACCACUCAGUCAUUAUUCUUGGAAACCUAGGCCUACAUUAGUUACAAGGAGUUCACAGUCCAAAGAACCUCUCUGCUGAUGAUGCACCCUUAGUAAGUCCAGACUGGUUUCCUUUCUCUCCGUGUUGUGUUACAAAUAACUUUUGAAACACAGUGUGUCAAAGGAAGUCUGAUGUAACACAAGGGACUCUUGUGUUCAAAAGAGGGGAAAAACCAUUACAAAUCUCAGCGACCAUUUUUGAACUACUGGAUGAUUUUGGGCUUCAUCUGAUGUCACAGAAGCAGAAACAAUGCUAUAAAAAAAUAGGAAAUUCACCCUUGUUGCCUGCUCUGCUUUUAAUUUUUCUCGGUUUGGUUCAGCAAGCCACCUAUUUCCAAACCAUUUAUCUUAGGGAGGAGGUCCUAUAGAUUAACUGAAAUCCUAGAUCCGUGAUGGUGAAUCUAUGACACGCGUGCCCAAAGUGGCACACAAAGCCAUGUCGCCUGGCACGCGCAGC